UCAUCUCUUUUCUUCUCCCUCUUGGCGCUCAGCUGUAUAUUGUCCAUUACAUUUUGUGUUGUGCGACACGAGAGGCAAACGGGAAAUGUUAGAGAAACGGAGGAAACGACCGCGUAAUGUCAGAGGCAAGUGAUGCACCGGUGUUUUCGCGGCACGCUAUUUUUACGAAAUGAUGUCAAGCGGAUAAAUAAUGCCACGAAAGGAAAGCAACAAAACAUGGGAGCGCGACAGAAGAAUACGCAUGAACGAGUACUUCAAGAUGUUAGCGGAUCUUCUUCCAUCGCAUCAAGAAGGUCGCAAACUCAUCAAAGUCGACAUCUUGAUACAUGCUAUAAACCACAUAAAAGACCUCCAAAGUCGCAUGGAGGGUUCAUUCCCCACUUAUGCUAUCGAGGCACACAAAGAAGAUGUAGAUCGUUUGAAAAAAUUUGUGACUCAGCUAAUAUUGCGCACUCAAUUACUGUCUUCUCUUCUGAAGGAAGCAGGAAUUACAGUACCAGUCGAGCCAGCUCUUGAAAAAAUAUCUCCUUUGAAAUGGUCAAACAAAAUGAAUAUCGAUGAUAUAGUAGACAAAUAUUUUGAUACUAUCAAAGAAAAAAAAACUGUAGAAAAAAGAAAGAAGGAGAAAUCUACGAAAAAUAAAGUGCCUUCAAAGAAAAAAUCAAAGACACUGGAGAAGUCGUCGACUCUGGUGAAGCUAUCUGAGGAAGUUGCCGUGAAGAAUGUUUGCAAUUCGAUAGAGAAUCAGGAGAAUCGAGUGAACUGUGCCAAUAGUAAAAAUUAUAAUUCCGAUAGUACAAGUGGCGGAAGUGAAACUGUAUCAAAAGAGGCAGAACACAGUGAAAAUGAUUCCACCAACAAAGCAACUGCGUCGCGUAGAUUAAAUUCGAAAAAGAAAACUACGGAUAAGAAAGCCGAAUCUGAAAAAGCAUUGAAGAAUAAAAGCAAACAUAAGAAUAAGAAAGAAUCGACAUCACCGCCUGUGGCAAACACUGUCGCCAAUUUGCCUAAUACUCUAAUUCUUUCUGGAAAAUUGAUGCCUCUGGUGACUCCAAUGACAUCGAAUAUCAUUGUGAACACACAGCAGGCGUCGACAAAUCCGAUAAUCCUAGGUGGCGCGCAACAGAAUCAAAUGAUUGUGAUGCAGCCCUUGGCGAAUCACGUUCAAAACACCGUCGUCUCAAUAUGCAAUCACACUCUGAUCAACACCGUGCAGAAGGUGUCUCUGAACACCGUACCGAGCAUUAGCGCGAACAUGGUCGUCGAUUCUCACAAUUGGACGUCUAACGUGACGAACAUAAUCAACGCUACGAAGAUCGGUGGUCACAAAGGUAUUCUGCCAAAAGGCAAGGAAAUCACGAAGACGACUAUGACUUACAAAGUGCCUAUUCCGGCGAUAUCGAAGGGGAAAAUGGAAAGAUUCAAGGAUAGCGCGAGUAAAAGAGAAACGGAGGUGAAAAUAAAAGGUAGCAAGAGUCAUUCCAAGAGCCACAAAAAUAUUCAAAGCACAUCCGAAGAGACCGAGGAGAAUGUCGAGAAGAAAUCGCCGAAAGAAACGACUGCCAAGACUCGGGAAGACGCAGUUGCGCGAAAGGGCACGCUUAAACGUAGCUCAUCUUCGAAAUCGUCCGAUUCUGCGGACGAACCGGAAGACAAGAAGCGAAAGGAUGUCGACGAGGUGAAAUCCACCCAACCGAGUGUCCCGCAGGCGGCAGAUUUUACCGCUACUUGCAAGUCUUUCGAAAGUCUGAAGCACGUUUUAGAGAAGAUGGAGGAGAACAUUCAAGACGAGCAUGCGACUGUCAAUAACGAGAAGGAAUCUGUCGUCGCAAAAGCGAAUAACACGGAUCUACAAAUCGCGGACCACGAAGAGACGUCGAAAACGAACAAAUUAAUGAACAUCGUGGACACAAAUUGCUUCGAGUUGAAUAAAAAGACAACCGAGAAUGUCAUCGACGCUGUGUCGCAGUCCGUUGUCUCAAACAAGUUCCCCGGUGAAUUGCUCAAGUCUAGCGACUCGGACGCUCCUGAUCGAUCAUCCAAUGACUUUAACAUGUCGAUAGAUGGUAUCGCGGAAAAGAGCGGUGAAAGUGCGGAGCAUUUGAGCGCGAAAUCGACUUUGACGGAUGUCGAAGUGGUGGAGAAAGCCGUGGGUUCGGAGGGGCCGAAGGAAACGUGUAAUCUGGGCACACGUUUCGACAGUCUUCUACGUGUGACAACAGCUAAAGAGCAGCAGCAAGUCAGCGACGCGAUGAGCACCGCGGAAAAUAACAAAAUCAUCCUGAAUCUAGACACGAAUACUACGACGACGAUGAAGCCCGAUGCAAGUGCGAACAUCGUCGACGCAUCGGUCUCCGCUGCGGACGCAGCGGCAUCGACGUCUUCGUCGUUAUCUUCAUCGUCAUCGCCAUCGUCGUCAUCGCUGCUGACCACCGGCGUAGUCAAUGACGAUGCCAAAUUGACGAAGAGCUCGAAGGACGAAAUUUCCAAGUCGUUAUCGUACACGAAUGAGAACACCUUCGUGCCCAUCGGCAACAGAACGGACGGAUUGCACUCGGAUCUGUCCAACGAUAUAUUCGCUUCUCUGCAAGUUCCGUCCAGCUCGCAUAAUCCGGAAUCGAUAUCGCCCACUGCGGCGUUUCUGAUGGCCUUCCCGCUGGUGUCAUCGCUGAACGGUAAGACCGAGGUGUUGGACGAGGAGAUGAAGGAAGACUUCAAGUAUCACAGUCAGACUCCGCCGAUGCUGCUGCAGAUCGGCGCUAUGGAGCCGAACAGUUUCAAGAUCAAAACAUCCUCGCCGUCGCACGUGAUAGCGGAGAAACGACUGAAGGUGUCCUGCGAGGAGAAGCAAGUCGCGAACGCGAACGCAGACAUGAUCGUCGAAUGUGCCACCACGAAAUCAUUGCCGAAGGUGGUGAGCGAAGAGACGUUGCGCGAGCCGUACAAGAUAGUUCAGACCGUCCUAACGAGCUUAGAAAAACCGGUGGCGACCACCAGCGCGUUCUCUCACGCUUCGGUCAACUUCUCCGCUGUGGAUUCCUCGUGUAUUAUCGGCAACUCUUCGAGUUUAGCGACGAAUCGUGCGGAUCAAUUGACGACGACGAGCACGUUGAGCAGCGUCAAUGCGAUCGCGUCUCAGGCGCCGAUGAAUAUUCCCGCCGCCGCGGACAAGAGCGACAUCGCGGACUGCACAUCUCAGGCGAUGACGAAUCGCAAUCCCGACGCGGUGUACUCGGGCACGCAGGACUUUCUGCCGAGCUACUCGGCGGUGGUCGGCAACAGUCUCGGCGCGCUGCAGCACGCAACACCGAGCUCGUUCAAGAACGCCAUCGCGACGACGCAGGAUUCGAAUCCCGCUAUAGUGCCGCGGAUCGAAAACACCGACAGUUCUCAGAAUCUGUUGAACAAUCGUCUCGAUAACGCGACGGUGACGACGAAUACGUCGUCUGGGACUCUGCGCUCUCUACAGGUGAACUAUCUGGCUCAAGGGAAGGACAAGGGCACGCAAAGCUCGUCUCAUGCCAUCUACUCGUCGCACAACAAGAACAACACGCUCAUCGAUUCCGCCGGUAUCGUUUCCGAUUACGCCACUCAGAUAAAUCGAGAUCUUCCGGCGACGUCGCAGAGCUUGCAGAGCUACUCCGUGCCGACGAAAGAGUCCUCUCUUCCGAUUCUGCCGCCACAGAACAUGCAACCUGUGUACAAUCAGACGAAGGACAAUCACGUUCUCAUGGAUCUGAACAAUUCUCAGCAAACGUUUGCGGUUCAUAAGAAGCAGGAGCACAUCAUCGCGAGCAACAGUUAUGUCACCGAUCAAGCGAAAUCGAUAUCGCAGAAGGACUCGAUAUCGUACACGACCGGCGAUAACGAAGCCGCGAGCGUUUCAUCGCGGAAUCAGGAUUACGCCGCGAAGGUCGCGAGCCAGAAUUCCUCGGAAAACUCGUUUCAGAGAAGCUACUCCAAGCUUAGCAAGGGCACGGACACGUCGGACAAUCCGAAUCAGGAGGCGAAGCUGAGCGGCGUGCUCGGCUCGAAAUCGCAGCAAGACACGCCUUACGUUCCCGCGAAGAAAAUGGACGUCGAUUCGUUCGUCCAGUCAUUCCAGUACGAUGUGAAGGAGGCGAUGGGCAACGCGAGCGAGCGAGCGAACGUUCUAAACGCGAACGCCGAUGACACGCACAAUAAUUACGUUUCUUAUUCUAGUAAGGAUGAUAAGAAGACGAACGCCGCUGCUUCGACGAACACCAUAGCCAAUAACAAAUCGGUGGGGGUGCAGCAAGGCGGUAUUCCACGCUAUUCGCAACAAGUAUCGUCAUUUGUCACUACGUCCAACUUCGAGCAGAGCACGGAGAAUCACGCUAAGUCCACCACCACUGUUGCUCACAAUUCCUCCAACUUCAGCAUCCUCUCCUGGACGACAUUCUCGCCCGUCAGCGGCGGCGGCAGCAGCGGCGGCGGCGGCGGCGGCGGCAGCAAUAAUAAUAACAACCUUGGGCACUUUGAGCAGAGCCAAUCUCAUCCGAACGACAAUACGGAGGUAAAAACUAUCUGCGAAAAUUACAGCUACAUGCCAUUGCACAAAGAAAAUUCGAGUUUCCCCAAUCAGGUGUUGCCCGGUGACAAUUAUCCGAGUAAUUCGACGGUGUCAGGCGGCAUUGAUAAGUCACGCCAAGGGAAAAUUGAGUCGGGGCAAAAGCAGCCCUUUGUUGAUCCCUCGAAGACCAGAAACGAUCCGUCGAAGCAGCAGAACAGAAUGCCGAAUCAGCAGCAGACUGGUAAUGAUUACAAGUUUGCUGACGGUAGUAAAAACAAGAACAAGUACGGCAUGGAUUCAGACUACAUGCAGAACGAGUAUGGCACCACGUUGGAUCAGCAGCAGCAGCAGCAGUCUCAGCAACACGACCCGAAGAAUCAUCAGAAUCUGUCAUCCAAGCAAGAGAAAGCGGUGUAUUAUGACUCGCAAAUUAACUUCGAUCUGACGGAGAACAAUAUGCAGAUGAAGUAUCCGAUUGACGCUUACGCCGGCGCAAAUUUCAAGUACACGAAUGAGAAAACGACGCAGCAGCAAAGCCAGCAUAAGUAUCAGACGCUUUCUCAAGGGCAGAUUUCUGUUCUGCCGCACGACAGCGCUAAUUACAGCAAUGACGUGAAGCACACCCAGCAACAGCAGCAGCAGCAGCAGCCGCAAUCACACAGCAGUAGUAACAACGGUAAUAAUAACAAAUCUAAAACUAAUCAGCAUCAGCAGCAUGCAAUUAAGGCGCCGGUCAACUGGAUGAUGACGCCAGAAGUGAAGCACAACACCACGAACAUCGACAUCAUUCUACCGCCGAUCGGCAAAGAACUGGAGUUUUGCCAGAACAAUCUAUUUGCUCGGACGCCCACGUACAGUCAAAGUACUUCAAAUCAGUUCUACAACAAUUACGAUAUGGCCGCGGCGCACAGCUUCCCGAAUCUGCCGGUUUUGCAGAGCGAUCCGAAGAGAUCCGCGGAGACCUUCGGCUACUCCGAGGAGCAGCCGUUUCCCUGGUCGCCGACCAAGAGCGGCAUGCACAACAGCGUCGAGCACAUGGUCGGCCAGUCGUCGGUCAAGUGCAUCGACCAGCAUAUCGUGUCGUCGAGUCUGCAGACUCUGGUGGGCGAUCUCGAGCUUAACGCCAAUCUGACGGAGAAACAGAACUUCCUGUUCGGCGUCGCGACCUCGUCGUCGAGAGUUUCCGCGGAGCAGAACAAGGACGCGUCGAUAAAGGAGAAAGAGGCGAACAAUGUGUCGGGACGAGAACUGCACGCGAUGCUGAACACUCAGAACGCGCAGCAUCCGGCUUCCAACUUCCUAUCCGUGAGUCAGCUGGUGGAGCAUCAAAAGGCGGAGAAGAAUCAUCAACAGCAGAGCCAUCAACAGCAACAUCAGCAUCACCAGCAUCACCAUCCGCAUCAGCAUCACUCGCAACAGCAGCAGCAGCAGCAGCAACAACAGCAGCAACAGCAGCAGACAAGGAAACAUCAGAGAAAGAGCAAUGCGAGUCCCAGAACAACCAGCAAGCGGCAGAUGGAUAUUCGCAAAUCCACAACGGCCAAUGAGAACAAUCUAAAUCAGCGGCACGAGGAGCAGAAAUCAUCCGGGCACGUAUUCACGGAACAGAACUACCAACAGCCGCAGCAACAGCCGCAACAGCAGCAGCAAAAGUAUCAGCAGAACAACGUUCACUGGAGAAGCCGAAACUGCAAGAGCAAUUACACCGCAGAAGCGCUGAUCGGGACCAGCGUCCACGAUGCCGGCGGCCAUCAGGACAAGCACGCGUCAAUCAAAUUCACCACCAACUAUCCGCAAAACAAGUUUCAGAGCGGCCUGUCCGCGGACACCGCGAUGAUGCCGAUUAAUUAUUUCUCAAGCGCGCCGCCGGACGACGGAACUGCCGCCGGUUACGGCCAAUCUGUAGUCAAUCAGAACUUCAACACGUACGCGUAUUCCUCGAACUCCGCCAACUCGAUUUAUUCCACCGGUAACUUCAUCACUAGCAUCUCCAACACGCCCAACAGCUACAUGACCAUGCCGCUGCACGAGAACGCCGCCGAUUACACGCAGGAGGCCAACAGCUUUCUGCUGCCGAACAUGGGCGGGACGAGUUCGUCGAGCGUCAGCACCGUGAACACGUCCAGCGCGAACACGAGCUCCACCACGGCGAACGCGAACGGGAAGAGUCAUCAGCACUACGGGAAGCAUCCGAAUUGCGACAAGCGCUCGUACUCCACCGCCGCGAAGAAGGGCAAGCGCAAGGGUCUCGAGAGCGGCCCGAUGCAGAAUCUGGAGUUCCCGCUGUCCGGCAUCAAUUCUCCGCUCGAGGACUAUCAUCACUCGACGACGUUUCUGCCACCGCCGCCGCCCCCGCCGCCGCCGCCGCCGUCCCACGGCAAUCCGCUUUAUCAGAAUCAUCCGCAGACGAACGUCUACGCUAAGACUGUGAACGGGCUUCCGCCACCUCCGCCAUCGGCCAUGGCGAGUACUCAGGGUGUCGCAGCCGGUUUCUCCAUGAACUCCAACAUGGUCCGCGGAGGAAUUGUCUCGAGCAAUCCAAUGACCAUGCCGCAUCAUCCCUCGGGCACUAGUCUCACGAAUUUCAAUCUCAGCACAAUAUUUCCUGAAAUAAACGACAAGGUCGCUGGAUAUAAGCCUUCAAACGGUGUACAACCCGGCUUGUCGCAGACGGCGAAUCAGCCUGCGACUUACGUGCAACGAACUAAUUAUCCGUCGAACUCUUUGUGUCAUUUGCCGCAAGUGUGUUUAUAGAGUCUCCACACAUAAUACCAAGAGCAAUUGUGUAUAUUCUAAGAAUAGUGUGUGUAUAUAUCGUUUGCGAAUUUCGAAAGGCAUGCGAUUCAUUAUUAGCGUUCCAUUAUUUCCCCCUUCUCUCCCUCGUGGAGUAAUUUAUUGUAUAAAUGUACGAACAAAUUUAUAAUGUAUAAUGCGAUUGAUUGUCGUUUGUAAAUAUGUAAAU